CCUUCUCUGCGCUCCUCCACUAGAGAAGAAAACAUGACAGGUGUCGAGGGUCGAGUCCGGCUCCAGCUGGAAAACUCACCUCCGGGACAUGAAGUGAUCGGUGGACCCUCGCAGGUGGAGGUGAGCGCGGCUGAGAGGCCGUCAGAGUCCGGGGAGGGCGAGUCCGACUCCCGCCAGAGAGGCCGAGUCAUGUCUCCUAUAGCCGAGCUGGAUGAAGAUGAUGAAGAUGAUGAUGAUCGACCGCUGUCAUCAGUGGCUGACGUCGCUCUGGCGCCACCCCGCGGUGAUCCUGUGGCCUGCAGCUGUGACAGUGAGGCCUGCAGCGGUGACAGUGAGGCCUGCAGCUGUCUGGAGCCGGGACAUCUGGAGAGGAGCCUCCAGGCCGUGCUGCUGCAGCUCCUCCUGAGCAAAGCAAAUGACUUGAUGAAUGGGCAGGAUCAUCUGGAGAGAGAGGCUCAUGCUGCUGCCGUACCAAACUUCCUGUUCACCUGUCAGCCUUUUUUCAACUACCUGGAAUCCACAGCUCAGAUCGUCGUGAUGUCCCAGCACGCCCCUCUGCCAAUCUACACAAGGCUGUUAGACUUCUCUCAGCAGCUGUGUGACACGUUGGAGCAGCUGGUGUUAACCUACGCCAGACAAAGUCUCCUCUGUUUGGAUGAAUCUGAUCCUAACAGCAUGUCUCACUUCUGCAUCGGUCAGAGUCAGCUUGGCCGACUGAGGCUGACAGCGUUCCGCUACUGCAAACCGACUCCGUACCUCGCCCAGGUUGACAUAGGCUUGUACAAACGGAUGCGGUGGAACGUGGAGACGCUCCGUGACAAACAAAAGCGGGCAGACGAGGAGCAGAGUGGAGAGAGCAAGGAGGAGGCCGAAACAGUUGGAGACACAGAGUAUUACUUCCUGUGCUGUGAGGAUGUCCCCAAUGCACACGCAGACACUAAUGAUGAGAGCCAAGGUAACGUGGUGAGGUCGUGGUCCAUCGGUCAGUGGGUGCAGGUGAACCCAGACCCUGACACAGAGGACAUCUAUGACUGGAUCACGUGUGAGGUCCCUCUGGCCAACUAUCACAAGCUGUUGUUCCUGGGCAGCGAGGAGCCGACCAGCUGCAGUGCUACAGAGCUCCUGCAGCAGCUGCUGUUGUCAAACCAGUCAACACAGUGACGCUCGGCUCUGCAGGGAGAGUGUGUGCAUCUGUGUUAUAGUGCACAUGACAUCUGUCUUGAAGAUUCACACAGUAUGUGGAAAUGGACCAGUUUAGUUCACACAGGACGUUGAAGGUAAAUCCUGAAGCAAGUUAAACAUCUGGUUUGAAAUUUCAUCGCCUCUGUCAGUUUAUGUGAAAAUGUUUUUAUGCUGUGCACUGUUAUGAGUGAGAGGUUGUUCUGCACGUUUGGCACUUUAAUUUGUUCAGUGUGUUAUUUAUAGAU